AUGGUCUUCUGCUGCUUCGGAGGAGGGCCGUCGUCGCCACGCGGCCUUGAAAGCAAAGGCUCGAAAGCAAAGGAUGGUCCGCUGGAGCCCGUGGUGAUGCGCGCGGUGGGCGCGGACGGCGCGCUGCCGCGGUACUCGCAGGAGGAGCUGCGGCGGGCGACUGGCGACUGGCGCACCAAGCUGGGGGAAGGCGGCUUCGGAGCCGUCUACAAGGGCAUGCUGCUGCUGCCGGGGGGGGGAGCGCGGGGGGAAGGGGACGGGGAGAUCGGGGAGGAUGGGGAGGCGGAGGAGGUGGAGGAGGGACUCGAGGAGACAUUGGAGGGGUUGGAAGUGGUGGAGGUGGAUGGGAAGCGAUUUGUUCCGGUUGCGGUGAAGAUGUGUCAUAUGGAGGAGGAAGAAGACUCUGGGGGAAGGGAGCAGCUGAUGACGGAGAUCAUGGUAAUGACGGCUCUCCGCCAUCCCAACGUGCUGCGGCUGCUGGGAAUGGCCGUGAUGGGAAAAAACAUCUCAAUGGUCUCAGAAUUCGUCCCUGGGGGCGAUGUUUCACAGCGGCUAGAAAAAGCAAGGGAUGGAGAAAAGCCCUUCCCCUGGAAGGAGCGGCUGCGUGUAGCAGAGGGGAGUCUGGAGGGGCUGGCUGCGAUUCAAAAGGCAGGCUUCAUUCAUCGCGACUUUAAGGGUGCCAACGUGCUUCUCACCAAGGUGGGUCGCACCAAUGUGAUUCUAAUGAAUGUUGGUCACACCAAUGUGAUUCUGACCAAGGUGGGUUACACCAAUGUGAUUCUAACCAAGGUGAGUCACACCAAUGUGAUUCUAACGAAGGCAAAUUAUACAUGCCGUUAUUUUCAAUGCAUUGCCUUGUUUCGUCUGCUGUGUAUCGCGUUGCUUGAGGUGGGAUCACGUGAUUUGGCGUGCAAUCGUUGA